AUGAUCGUACAUUGUAUUAACAUCCAUCCCUUAGCAAUGGUAGUUAUUUUUAAGAAUUAUGUUGUUAGAAAUGAAAUAUUUAAAACGAUAAAAAGAAUACAUAUACAACUAAGAACCGAAAGAUAUAAAUAUUGUAAUCUAAUCAAUAGUUUACCGUUGUUGGUUCAAUAUGGAUAUUUUGAAAAGAUAAAGGAAUUUCUUCAAAGAAACAGUGCUGUUGGUGUUGGUGUUGUUGACAAUCCAUUAAAGUUUCAAUUGGACUUGACAAGUCAACUUUCUGGUGCUAUCAUUGCUGCUAUUCGAUUUAGUCGUAUCGAUAUACUUCUCUACUUUGUAGAGGUGCUUCAGCUAGAUUUGGAAAAGUUUGUUACCACCAAGGAUAUGCUAUUGCAAACUGCGUACUAUGGAGACUUUAAUGUGAUGUUGUUCAUCGAGCAACUUGCACUGCCUAUCAAUCCAGAGUUCUAUAGCCAGGCACUCUCAGUGGCAACCAGCAGACCUGAGAAUUUCGAUAUGGUAAAGUGGCUUUCGAAACGAGUGCCCUCGCCAUAUCGAUACGAUUCACCAAUACAGAUGGCUUGUUAUUCAGGUAAUUUAGAUAUGAUACAAUGGUUGUUGGCAAAUCGUUCAGACGAUAAACAAAACAAGAUUAUUCAAUUUGCUUUGAAUAAUGGCCAUCUCCAUGUUGUUGAAUGGUUGUUAAAGAAUCAACCAAAUGUAUUGCUAAUGAAUAGCAAUGGUAAACCGACUAUGGAGAUUGAUGUAGGUUCACUGGCAAUCAAUGGACACUUUGACUGUAUUAAAUGGCUAUUCAAUUUCCGUGAUUAUUUCAUUGUGAAAUAUAAAAACGCGUUAGAUUUAGCUGCUUACAAUGGACAUCUGGAUAUCGUUAUUUGGUGCCAUGAGAAUUUGGAUUGUGUCACCACAGAGAAGUAUGCCUCUACCAAUGCUAUGGAUUUCGCUGCCAAUCAAUGUCAUCUCCGUGUAGUGGAAUGGUUGAAUAGAAAUAGAAGUGAGGGAUGUUCGAUCAAAGCAAUGAAUAAUAUUUAUAAACCAAACAAUCCUGGUUGUGUAUAUAGUCGUUCCAACCAACUAGAAAUGAUACAAUGGCUUCAUGUUCAUAGAAGUGAAGGUUGUACUACCGAACUAAUGGAUAAUGCAGUGGCAUUCGAUUUAGAAACCGUCGUUUGGCUCUAUAAAAACAGAGGAGAGGGUUGUACAACGAUGGCGCUAUACAACGCGGCAAUCAAUGGUCAACUUGAGAUAUUCAAAUUCCUGGAGGAACACUACAGUCAUUUGCCAUUGAAAGACAAUAUAUUUACCGAUACAUGUAAAGCUGGACACCUGGAUAUGGUUGAAUAUCUACAUUAUAAUAGAACAGAACCUUAUUGGAGUGCUCUGACGAUGGAUGCUGCAGCGACUAACAAUCAUUUCUAUAUUGUUAAAUUCUUAAAUAUAAAUAGAACCGAAAAAUGUACACAGAACGCAAUCAAACAAACCAAAUCAAUUGAAAUAAUAGAAUAUCUUGAAAGAAAUAAUCUUUGUCUUUGUAAUCAAGAAUAA